UCACCCGAUGACCAACGAGACGAUGAGCCUUUCGAUGCCAACGAGACGUCACGGCCAACAAAGGCGGCCUCCAGCAGCGCCAUCUUCAAGAACACGCCCAGUUUGUCUUCACAAAGUAAUGCCAGCCAAACUUCGGGACGGAGCUCGCUAACGAGGGCCUUUCUAGUUCAAGGAUACAACAAUAACCACCGUCUUGAUUCUGUGACGAUGGACCCAGAUAAUCGAGAUAUGCCUUCUGACUUGGCAAAUCUCUUGGAUGACAUGUACGAUUUCUCAACAGCGAGGUGCAUCAUCCCUGAUAUCCUCAAGAGCGAGAUCAGGAAGCAAUCUGCACGUGAUUGGUCGCUCCGACGGCUUCGCAAUGAUGCCUUCUAUAGCUUGGCCACAAAUGGCUCACCACCUAUGGACAUGACAUCAGCCUCAAGACUCAUGCUCACAGCCAGGAAGCUUGUUAAACGAGCUGGUCAAUGUCAUCACUUGCAAUACAACGAGGCAGGGUGGAACAACUUGGUGCAUACCCUCUUGCUGGACGCUGUGUUCAACGAUGGAGACCCGAACGAGACUCAGCUGGUUGACUUUUCUCUAUGA